AUGGCCCUCAAGCUCGGAAAAUGUAGGCUUUGCCUUAAACUCGGCGACUUUUAUUCCAUCUUCACGAUGGAUAACAAUCUACAGCUUGCCGAGAUGGUUAUGGAAUGCGCCCGAGUGAAGAUAUAUGAAGGAGAUGGACUGCCAGAUAAGAUAUGUUCGGAGUGCAUACAGAAACUCAGCAGCGCGCACAUAUUUAAGCAGCAGUGCGAGAGAUCGGAUCAGGAGCUACGACGCAACUAUGUGCCGCCACCGGGUUUCAGUACCGCACCUUCCCCACCAAACAGGCAGAGCAGCGACUCGGCUUUCUCAAACAACACUGACGUAUCCAGCAACAACAAGCCUACAGCUUCACCCAUUGAAAGCAAGGUCACACCUAGUCGGAGCCGUAAACGCAGUCGGGAAAGCGUCGACAAUGCUUCAUCCAGCAGCCAGUCUCAUGACUACCGACCGAGUUCCACCAAGCGAGUCGAGGAGCUCCGUACCUCACAGAAAAGGCCGAGAAGAUCACAAAACGCAUCUUACGUUGAUUCCGAUUUUGAUGAUAACAGCGUCUCCCAUUUCUCUGUCGAAACCGACUCGGAUGAGCCACUAUUGAAAAGUGAACAUAAGUGUAAAAUCUGUGGUAAAGAAUUCCUCUCAAAAAUGAGCGUGCUUGCACACACCAAAGUGCAUUUUAGAAAAUCUCUGAAACAGAAUGCAUUAGUGGACAUACCCAAACCGACAGUCACCAAUGAGAGUACGGAAGACGCUAACGACGUCGAUGAUAAGCUAACGUGCGAGAAAUGCGACAAGACAUUUAAAUUGAAAAUAAUGUUGAAGCGUCAUCUAGAGACCUGUGACAAGACACCGUCAAAGUCGCCGAUGAAAGAGCUACUGGUGUCGUUAGAGCCAAUCGACGCGGGCCCGGCUCAGUCGAAUAAAAUUGACUGCGAAAUGUGCACUACAAAAUUUAAGACGAUAGACAAUUUAGAGAAGCAUAUGAGGGUAGUUCACGCGGCCGUCCUCAAUCGUAAUAAAUACGAACAGAACGAGAACGGAAAGGUGAGCGUUCCCUGCUUCUACUGUGGACAACAUUUUGACGAUUACUACCUCCACGCCGCGCACUUUGAAACCUGCUCCAAAAAGGACGAUUCUGUUAACUUCACUUGCCCCAUAUGCCAGAAGGUGAUGACAAGGAAGAACUCGUACUUCAUACAUUUAAAAGCUAUGCAUUUCGAACCUCGCCUCGGCAACCGUGAAGAGGGCUCCAAACAGCCGUUUGAGUGCCGCAUAUGCAGUAAGAAGUUGGCAUCACAAGACCAACUAAUCACGCACCUUGCUGCACACAUGUCUAAUAUAAACGAUAACGAAGAUGGCGCUGACGAUGGCUCUCGCAUGAGUCAUGCAGAAGACGAUACUUCGGUAACAUCUAGCUACAGUAAUGCGCAUGUACCCAGCGGGCCAUUAAAAUGCAGCAUGUGCGAGAAACGAUUCACGUAUAAGAAAGCGCUCCUGAGUCAUGAACAGAGACAUCUCUCCGGAGAGUUGCAGAUAAAGACAGAGCCACCUGAUAAGAAUACGUCUAGCAGUUUGCUAAGCGAGACUUUCCGUCAGUCAGAGUCAGAUUCUAGUCAGGAGGAAGGGGAUGAUAAUACGUGCGACAUUUGUGAGAAGCAGUUCUCCUAUAAACGUCUCCUAAUUCAUCACAAACGGACCAAGCACAACAUGAGCUCAGGCACCAAGCGAGCGAAAAUUAACCUUAAAGAUUGCACCGUCCGCUGUCUCAUCUGCGACUUGGAGAUGAAAGUUAGUGCAAUAAAUGAGCACAACCAAAAACACACAUCUGUAAACAUAAAGCCGAGGAAUCUCUACACGUGUGCAGAAUGCUCCGAGAAAUUUAAGAGUUGUAGCUCGCUGGCAAAUCACAUCAAACUAGUGCACAGGCUGAAGCAGCCCCAGCAGCCCAAGUUAGAGGGAGCAGACUUGGCGGAUUUUUGUGAAGUCGUUGUGACCAAGGCGGAACCCCUGGUGUCAAACCAGAGUCACAACGACUUUGGGAUGGUUCCGUCGAAUCAGGAUGGCAGUCCGCUUGUUAAUUUGAGCGGAUUCACUUGCCCAAUAUGUAGUAAGCAGAUGCCUACAUUGAUUUCGCUGAAGAGACAUGUGAACUGGCAUUCUAACGUUGGUAACAACAUUGAGAAGAAGUUGGAGUGUUUUGUUUGCAAAGAGAAAUUUAGAUUCCAAUGCCACUACCGGCUGCAUAUGCGCGAGCACUAUAACGACCCCAACCUGGACCCAAAGCUGCUGACUUGCUCCAUUUGCAACCGCAAGAGCAAGCAUCUGCGUGCUGCUAAGGCCCAUAUGAACUUCCACAAGCAAACACGCUUCAAGAACAAAGACUACCAGUGUUCCAUAUGCAAGAGAAUAUUCCAGUUUAGAAAAGUCUACUUGUCGCACAUGGCAAUACAUUAUAAACGUGGCGAGAGUGUGAACACUGUUGUGGGUGUCGAGCUGCCGAAUACCGCUGAUAAAACGGUAUUCGAUGGCAAAUAUACCUGCCAUCAUUGCGGGAAAGUGUGCGAUUCGGAGACCUCAUUAAAGCACCAUAUCAUUUGGCACAAAUCUAAAACUUCGCUCUUUGGUGCUCGCCACGAAUGUCACAUUUGCCAUAUCCAAUUCACCAAUAAGAGGAGAUUAGAGCUCCACAUCAGAACUCAUUACGAGGACGACAAUGGCCCAUACAAGUGUCCCAUAUGUGGCAAAGGGUUUAUCGACGAGGAUUUCCACAGGAGACAUGUGAAAGGACACAAUUUCGAUCACCAAUCACAUAAGGCUAGGAUCGCGAACCUCAGGAAGGAUAAAGUAAAGUGCCCAAUUUGUGCUCGUUUCUAUCCAGACUUGGUGAAACUCAUACGCCAUUUAAGAAGAACGCAUCCUGAGAGCAAAAUGAUUAAGUCCGAUCCAGAUGCACCUGCCCAGAAUUACUUCUCGUGCAAACUGUGUGCUAAAGUAUUCUUAGAUGAGCGACGAUUGCAGCACCAUGAGGAGGCUCAUUUGAGAAAGCCAGAGUUCUUUAAAUGCAAAUUCUGUGGCAAAAAAACUAUCUCCUUGAAGAAUCAUAGAAUUCAUAUUAAGGCCCACUUAACACAAAAAUAUAUUGAUGAGCCCCUGAAAUGUAUGCAUUGUGAUGAAAUCUUUACAAGAGGGUAUGACUUGCACCAUCACUUACGCGAUGUGCAUGAUAUUAAUGAAACAUGGAUUGCUGAGAGAACGGAGAAGACUUUAAAUGGACCAUUGAAGGAAUUGCAAUGCUCAAUCUGCCUUAAGAUCCUUGCAAGUAAGGGCAACUUUGAACGCCAUAUCGACUAUCACAACUCGCUAAGGUGUAAUUACUGCUUUGACUACUUCAGCUCCUUGAGGUUCUUGGAGGGGCACCUUGCAUUCAGCUGUGAGAAAAAGAAAUUGAUAGGGGACACUGAAGUGUAUCCCAAAAAGGUAAAAUGUCACAUAUGUUACAAAGCUUUCCACCUGCAAGUGAAGUUAGACUGUCAUCUACGCACACAGCAUAAUAUCAAAGUUUCUAAAGAAGCAUCCGAAGGCAAGAAGGAGAUUGUCUGUGAUUACUGCUUCCGAGUAUUUGAGAAUGAGUAUGCUUUGAGCACCCACAAGAUUUACCAUCGCACUAUAGGAUAUUACGGCUGCUUAUAUUGCAAUCGAAAGUUUAACACCAUAACUCUGUACAAAAAACACAAGAACCAUCAUUUAUCACAACUUAACGUCGAUAACCCAACAAAAUGUGAGCACUGCGAUGAGAAGUUUGUUGCAUUCCGAGAGAUGAUAUAUCAUAUGAGGGACGUCCACGGUGACAACAAAGAGUGGAUUGUAAUGCCUAAGGAGUCCAUAGAGGAGAAGUGCCCCAUUUGUAACAAAAUAUUCUUUAACCUCCAUAAACAUUUGACUUAUCAUGAAGAGAAUAGGUGCAAAAAAUGCGCGGAAUAUUUCUAUUCACAAAUUGACUUCGAUAAUCAUCUUUGUGCCAUAGAAAGCGAUGAAGAAGUUGACGAGAAUAAUGAGAACGAUUUACGACCAAAAUAUGAAGAGUGUGCUUUUUGCUUCAAGCCUAUAACUAAGAAGAACUCGCACCGUUUGCAUGAUCACAUACAUAGAGUUUCUGGUUCGAUUUCGUGCCGAUUUUGCCAUCUCAAAUUUAAAACUAUUGAUGCAUUUAAUAUUCAUGCGUUCUCCCACCGUAGCAGGAAGUAUAAUAAAAAGCCGAUUAAAUGUCGAAAGUGUGGUGAGAAGUUUGUGCGCUAUGGCCCCUUCAUGAAGCACAUGAAAUCUGCUCAUAAGUCAACUCAGAAAUUACAUUAUAGAACCAUGGUAAAGCCAGAGCUCUGUGUUGUUUGCGGCGAUGAAUUCCCAAAUCUCCAUAACCACUAUCGAGCCCAUUUGCAGAACCAGUGUCAAUCAUGUCACAAAUACUUCACGUCAUAUAAACUAUUUUCGAUGCAUCAGUGUGAUAAAGAAGAUUCUGACCCAACAAAAGUUUUCACGUGUGAUAAAGAUCUAGUAAAUUUGAUUAAUGCUUACACACCUAAAGACGAGAAGGAUGAUGAGAAAUUUUAUGGGCAUACUGACGAUGAAGACGAAGUAGAAGAGGAACCUGAAAAAGAUAUUCGAGAUAAUGAAUACACAACACAGGAUGAAGAGAGUCAGAACUCAUCGGAUGCAAACUUACAUAUGAUGGUCCAUACGCCAAUUAUAUCAGAUGUGUUGUCGCUUUAUCAAAAGAAGGAAGACAAGCAACUCGAUCCUGCUAAUGAAGUUGUUAAUUUGUCAGAUGAUGACACUUUGGAUGGUGAAGAAGUCGUAACUGUUAUAACAAUUGAUGAUUGA